GGAAACCUCAGAGCCCGGCAGAGACAGCGACCGCCUUGUUCCGCAGCCGGGUGGCUUCCCACCCCCCAGGCCCGCGGGCCAGACAUCCCCGCCCCGCCCCUUCGGGGGAACCUCUCUGCCCUGGGGCUGAAAGCGUUAAUUUGGGAGUUUGCUGCAUCCCCAACUGCUCCCGCCCAAGGUUCCUAAAAAAGGUGUAGGUUUGGUCCAGGAUAGAAAAAUGACUGAUCAAAGGCUGGCGAUACUUCCUGUUGCCGGGACGCUAUAUAUAACGUGCGAGUGCACGGGCUGCGGAGACGCACCGUGGUGCUCGCCCCGCCGCCACCGCCGCCUCCAAGCUCCUGAGGUUUCCGGGGACCACAAUGAACAAGUUGCUGUGCUGCGCGCUGGUGUUCCUGGAUAUCUCCAUUAAGUGGACCACCCAGGAAACCUUUCCUCCAAAGUACCUUCAUUAUGACCCAGAAACCUCUCGCCAGCUGAUGUGUGACAAAUGUCCUCCAGGCACCUACCUGAAACAGCACUGCACAGCGAGGUGGAAGACCGUGUGUGCCCCUUGCCCCAACCACUACUACACGGACAGCUGGCACACCAGUGACGAGUGUCUGUACUGCAGCCCGGUCUGCAAGGAGCUGCAGUACGUCAAGCAGGAGUGCAACCGCACCCACAACCGCGUGUGCGAGUGCAAGGAAGGCCGCUACCUGGAGCUGGAGUUCUGCUUGAAGCACAGGAGCUGUCCGCCGGGAUUUGGAGUAGCACAGGCUGGAACCCCGGAGCGAAAUACAGUUUGCAAAAGAUGUCCAGAUGGCUUCUUCUCCAAUGAGACGUCGUCUAAAGCACCCUGUAGAAAACACACAAAUUGCAGCGUGCCUGGUCUCCUGCUAACUCAGAAAGGAAAUGCAACACAUGACAAUAUAUGUUCUGGAAACAAUGAAUCAACUCCGAAAUGUGGAAUAGAUGUCACCCUGUGUGAGGAGGCAUUCUUCAGGUUUGCUGUCCCUACAAAGUUUACCCCCAAUUGGCUAAGUGUCUUAGUGGACAAUCUGCCUGGCACCAAAGUAAACCCAGAGAGUAUAGAGAGGAUAAAACGGCGACACAGCUCGCAGGAGCAAACUUUCCAGCUGCUGAAGUUAUGGAAACAUCAAAACAAAGACCAAGACAUGGUCAAAAAGAUCAUCCAAGAUAUCGACCUCUGUGAAAACAGCGUGCAGCGGCACAUCGGGCACGCCAACCUCAGCUUCGAGCAGCUCCGCAGCCUGAUGGAAAGCUUACCGGGGAAGAAAGUGGGCUUGGAAGACAUCGCAGAGACAAGGAAGGCAUGCAAGUCCAGUGACCAGGUCCUGAAGCUGCUCAGCCUGUGGAGAAUAAAGAACGGCGACCAGGACACCCUGAAGGGCCUGAUGCACGCCCUCAAGCACUCCAAGGCAUACCACUUUCCCAAAACGGUGGCCCAGAGUCUGAAGAAGACCAUCAGGUUCCUUCACAGCUUCACCAUGUACAAACUGUAUCAGAAACUAUUCUUAGAAAUGAUAGGGAACCAGGUCCAAUCAGUAAAAAUAAGCUGCUUAUAACCAGAAGUGGUCACCGGGCUGCUUCCUCACGGGGGGGCCAGACCCCACGGAUGAGUAAACUGCUUCUCAGGCACUUAGGGGGGUAGGAUUUCUUUCUCCUCACUCAUGUCGGAUUUUGCCACAAGCCACUAAAAUAAACUACGAGGUGCAGAAAGAACCAGCAUCUCCCCGAAAGUUAAAUAAACCCCUAAUAGUUCAUCUAAGUGUCAGAUCUGAUUCCAUCUCUACUGACUGUGUUUUUCCCCUUGUUACUGGUUGGAUGGAGUAAUUAACUGGAA